UGACAGUAAUCCCCCGCUGCCAUAGUGACAGCGCAAGAGCAGCGGGCAGAUAAAUGAAAAUAGAUUUUAGUGUUUAUCUUUGCAUUUACCCACAGAAAUAAUGGACAGUUCCGGGAAAGAAAAGGAGGCAAUUCAGCUCAUGGCUGAAGCCGAUAAGAAAGUGAAGUCUUCCGGCUCGUUUUUAGGAGGAAUGUUUGGAGGAAAUCAAAAAGUGGAAGAGGCAUGUGAGAUGUACGCCAGAGCAGCCAACAUGUUUAAAAUGGCCAAAAACUGGAGUGCUGCAGGCAAUGCUUUCUGUCAGGCAGCCAGACUUCACAUGCAGCUUCAGAAUAAACAUGAUUCGGCCACCAGCUACAUCGAUGCAGGAAAUGCCUUCAAGAAGGCAGAUCCACAAGAGGCUAUCAAGUGCUUAAACGCAGCCAUUGAUAUUUACACAGACAUGGGAAGAUUCACCAUCGCAGCCAAGCAUCAUAUCACAAUUGCUGAGGUGUACGAAUCAGAGCUGGUGGACAUUGAGAAGGCGAUUGCACAUUAUGAACAAGCUGCUGACUAUUACAAAGGAGAGGAAUCAAACAGCUCUGCAAACAAGUGUCUGCUGAAGGUGGCUUCAUACAGCGCUCAGUUAGAGCAGUACCCGAAAGCAAUCGAGAUUUAUGAGCAGGUUGGAACCAACACCAUGGACAAUCCCCUACUGAAAUACAGCGCAAAAGAAUACUUCUUCAAAGCGUCCUUGUGCCACUUCAUCGUGGACGAGCUAAACGCAAAGCUCGCUGUUGAAAAGUAUGAAGAGAUGUUUCCAGCCUUCUCAGAUUCAAGAGAAUGCAAGCUUCUGAAGAAACUUCUAGAGGCCCAUGAGGAGCAAAAUGCAGAGGCUUUCACAGAAGCAGUGAAGGAGUUCGACUCCAUCUCACGCUUGGACCAGUGGCACACCACCUUGCUUCUGCGGAUCAAGAAGACCAUUCAGGGGGACGAGGGCGACCUAAAAUGAUCUGGACAGUGGGGCUAUCACCCACUGCAUGGCACCCCCCCGCCCCUUCCAUUUCACAUCAGUUUUGUGCAAUGGCCAAGUCCGGGUUUCCCAAAACAGUAUGUCAAAAUGUAUUGCUGCAACAUUUCUAGAGAAUAUACUUCUACGCCUGUACUGUUACAUUGAUAUCCAGUUAUAUAAUAUAGCACAUAUCAAAAAUUUAGCACUCCAGUUCAUUACGAGGGUAUUUCUGGAAACACGGUGUGAACCGAUUCAGGAGAGGGAAAUUCAAGGAUACAGUGGGGAUUUGAGAUAGUCCUGGAGUUCUUUUGCAAAGGUCACUGAAUUGCGAUGUGCUAGAGCUGCAUGAACUGUACAGAUGUAAUUAUUCAGUCACUGCAGCAGGACCGUGUAUUAUUAUUAUUUAGAUAUUGAUUUUAUUUGUUAUAUUAUUUUUUUUGUCUGCUCGCACUAGUUGGCAUGCAGGCCUUAAAAUGCAUUUAAUAACAUCAUCCAAAAUUUCAGUUUCCCACUGUCCAUCAUUUUGAAUUGGUAUUUAAAUAAUUACAAAAAUGUCUUGUCAUACCUUUUAUCCACUCUUUGAAAUGUAACUCUUUAUUUAAUACAAUUAUUAUCUGAACUAUUAAAAUUAGUCAUAAUAUUAUGAGCCUAAUAAUAUUAUAAGUAUAUAUUAUUAAUCUAAUAAUAUUGCAUUAAUUUAAUAAAAAUUUUACAUUAUAUUUUUACACUGCCUAUCAUCUCCAUCAGCAUUGAAAUGUAGGUGUUUGUAAAAUCCUUGUAUUAUCAUGCUCUAUGUGUGUGUGUCGUGUUGUGAAUGCGUAGCUCAUGUACACUCUUCACUCCUGAGGUCUCUAGCAGUGCAUGUCAUCUGUGUUCUACGUGUCGUGAUGUCUGUAUUAUACCAUAUUCUAGAGUUUUUAAAGAAGCCAUGAAGACGUACAGUACUAGACGAUGUGCUUUCCCACAGAACAACUGAUGUCUUUGCUGAAUGUCUGUGAGAAUGUACAGAAAUAAAAAUCAAUACUGAAAUGGCUAC